GAUCGCGAGCGGUAAUCGGAGGACGAGCAGCACUACGAGGGGGCUCGAUUGAACCUUGAUCGAAUCCGCUCGAUUCGCGGCGAUCGUCGUCGUGUCGUAGUAGUUGUCGUAGUAGUCGUCGUCGUCGUCGGCGACCGACCGAGAUUGCCGUCGGUCUCGUCGUCGCGACGGUACGACAGAUCACGUUUCACGACAGUGACAGUGUGCCACAGUGAGUGAGUUGUUGGUGCAAGCGUUUUUAGUGACGCGAGAUCGCGCGCGUUUCUUCGUCUCGCACUAACCUACCGACGGCUCGCGUUCCCUCCGCGAAGCCGUCGGGAACAGUGGACUUGCCUGCUUACCCUGCCUACCUGUUUACUCUCGUCCAUCGUUCCAAUCUUUCUCUCGGAUCUCCCUAGAAUUUCCCUAUUUUGAAUUCCUCGGAAAGUGUAGAGAGGCUGGCGAGUCUGUCGGGAGAGAAGGUGCGACAAGUCUAAUCGAAGGAUAAUAUAUACGAUCAGCGAGGAUGCAGGUGGCAACGCUGUUUCGGGAGAGCGCGAAUCUGCUGGGUGCCUCUAGCCUGGAUCCCCCGCAGACUCACCAUCACCAGGCUAUGCACCCGCAGCAACAGCAACAACAGCAGCAACUUCAACAACAUCCCGCCGAACUGCAUUUGGCUCAUCACAUGCAACAUCACUAUAAAUUAUCGUAUCCGUCGCCUGUGCAAAACGGAGGGCCACCAAAUGGGACACCGAUGAAUUGCGCUGGUUCUCAAGGAGUGAUGGUAAAGCAGGAAGCGAGGGAUGACGGUUACGAGACAAGUCCGGACCUCGAGAUGAGGAGCACCGGUGGUGACAGCAGUCAGCAGUACCACACGCCGCUGACACCGCACACACCGCACACACCACACACGCCGCACACACCCCUCACGCCGAUAUCGGCGACAGCGCAUCAACCCCAGCAACCUGCCUCCACCGCUUCCACCCUCGGACAGGUGGCGAUCAAAUGCGAGACACCGGUGGACCCGUACUCGUUCGUGGACGAGGAGAUGUCGAUGGGCGGCAUAAGGACGGCGAGCAGUCCGGUCGGGAAUCCCGAAAACAUGACGUGUCCAGGUGGAGGGCAAGCGGUACUGGCUACUCCUACGUCAACGCCGCCUGGCUCGCUCUCCGCACCGCAACAUCUUCAAAUGAACCUCGGCGUGAUGAACGGCAACGUGAAUCCCCAGUUGACGGCGCAUCAACCGAAAAAGAGGGGCCGCAAGAGGAAAUCCGAGAUGAUUCUCACCCCGGAAGAAGCGGAGCUAGCCGAGGCGAAGAAACGAGCAAAGACGUACAAAGAGAGGAAGAAGCACGACAGAUUCGACGGUAUGCCGGAAGAGGAAGUGAGCAAGCGCGUACUUCCGGAUCAUCUCACCAACAAUUUGGACAUUAUCAUAAUUGGAAUCAACCCAGGACUGUUCGCCGCUUACAAGGGUCAUCACUACGCCGGACCGGGGAACCACUUCUGGAAGUGUUUACACUUGAGUGGAUUGACACCCGAACCAUUGACGGCAGAUGAUGACUACAAGCUCUUACGCUUCGGUAUCGGUUUCACGAAUAUGGUGGCUCGCGCCACCAAAGGCAGUGCCGAUCUAACGAGGAAAGAAAUCAAAGAAGGUAGCCACAUCCUGUUGGAAAAAUUACGAAAAUACAAGCCGAAAAUCGCUGUAUUUAACGGUAAACUUAUAUACGAGGUAUUCUCUGGAAAGAAGGAUUUCGGAUUCGGUAGACAACCCAACCUGGUCGAGGGUACAAAUACGUACAUGUGGGUGAUGCCAUCGAGUAGCGCGAGAUGCGCGCAGCUUCCGCGAGCGGCGGACAAGGUGCCAUAUUAUGCGGCGCUGAAAAAGUUUCGCGAUUACUUAAACGGCACCAUCUCCCAUCUGGACGAGUCGGACAUAGUGUUCGCCGACGCGAAGUUGAAGAAGAAGGAGCAGGAGGCGAUCGAGGAUAAGAAGCCCUCUUACUGCGAGGAGUUGACGAACGAUGGGGAGAGCAGGAUCGGCGAGAUGAACGGGAUGAAGCACGAUUCCCAGAUACCCGGGAAGAAGAAGAGGGGCAGGCCGAAGAAGAUCAAGAAUCCGGAGGAUCAACCGCCCCCGGACCCCGAGAAAUUGGACGCGAACGGGGAGGUGAUAAAGAAACGGCGGGGACGGCCGAAGAAGAUUCAUCAACAGCAGAAGCAACAGGAGCGGGAGAUGAGGGAAAGGGAGCAGCAGCAGCAGCAUCAGCAGCAUCAGCACCCUGGGAUGGGCCACCUAGACGGUUACGGGGGCGUGGUGCCCAACUGCUUCUCACCGCCGAAGACGUUCGCCCAUAUGGCCCCGUAUCCCCAACCGAUCAACGAUUCGGGUUAUUACGGGCAAAGCUUGAACGACAGCCCGUACAGUAUAAACGCGAAACAGAGCCCUGUACACUUGCAACACUACAGCCAAAGCCCAAAGUCGAUGUCGCUCUCGUUCACUCAUUCCGAUCUAUCCUCGGAGAUAAACACGGCCAUAUCCUCGGAGAACAACUUGGAACCGUCGCCGUUGACGUCCCCGAGCGUGGAGCACCCGGACUUCGAGCCGCCCACCAGUAUAUCCCAGCAAAAUAUGAGCAACGAUCAUCGCCAGUACAAUCCGGCGGGGAAUCCCGAGAACACGGGGAAAUCUUACACGGUGGAAAAUCUAGCGUCUAGCAAUUACACGCCGAGCAUGAGCCACGGGCAUCCCGGUAAUUCGUAUCCGAAUAUAAUUCCUGGACCUCAUUAUCCCGUGCCGAUGGGAUCGACGAACGGGUAUCUUUUCGGUGGCCUUGAGUCAAGCUUGAUGCAACGAACCUACGGGAUGAGCGGUAUGAGCGGUAUGGGGGGAAUGCAUCCAUCCCUCGGUCAUAUGGCCAAUCCUUAUUCCUACAAUGGUUCGUACUCUAGUUCCUUCGACGCCUAUCCGGCCCCACCGGCUGGGAUUCACGCGCCCAGCGCCAAUUAUCCCGGCGGUUACACGAGCGUUGGUAGCACAACGCCAGGUACUUCGCCAGGCACGACGCCACCGUCUUACCUCCCUUCCCAUCACAGACCGUCGGUCGACCUCGCUUACGAUGGUGUAUGAUAAUCGAUGUAAAACUAUUCCACGUACAAACGCGCACGCUCACACGCGCUCACACACACACAUAUACACAGAGACGUACACAGAGACACACACGCAUAGACACACAUACACACACGUAAAACACGGAACACACAUGGACACGCGCUUACGCUCACGCUCUCACUUCGUUCGUAUCUGCGCGUACCUGCUCGCGCGCGCGUGUCAAUCCAUAAAAUCAGGCACACAAAGGUAUGCACUGGCAACAGACGGAGAGACGGACAGACGGACAAACAGACGGGCAACAAGCAAACGAUUCGAGCGCUACGUUUAUCUUUUCUACGUAUUUUUACACAGUUUAGGAUCCGCCGGAACAAUCCGCCUCCUGGCGUGACUUGAUACUGCGAUUUGCGCGCGCGUUUUCCCUUCCUAAUCCUUCCUUCUUUCGCCCAUUUAAUCUCUCUCUUUCUAUCCUUUCUCCCAAUCUCGCUCCUUUUUUCACUUCUUCAAUCCGCCCUCUCGAUUUUCUCCCUCCACUUCUCUUUAUAUCCACGGCUCGAUUAACUGUUACCUAAGAGUACCUAUAUGCCGCGAGUAGCAACGAGCGCACGGUUCGAAGUUGCGUUGAAAAGUGUGAAAGGGAAAGAAGAAGGGGAUAAGGCGA